AUGGCGGGCAAGAAGGGCGGCGGCGGCGGCGGCGGCGAGGGCAGCAAGAAGGCGCAGGGUCAGGCCCGCAAGGCCGACGCGGCGGCUCAAAAAGCCGCCGACGAGGACUCCCGCCGGGAGGCGCGGGACGCUGCAGAAUGGGAUAAGGGCGCAAAGAACAACUCCAAAAAGGAGGCUGAGGCGGCCAAGAAGGCCGAGCAGGCACGCAAGAAGGCAGAGAAGGAUGCCCUGAUGGCCGAGGACGAGCGCAACACGCCGGCCCGGUCGGCGCCCAAGAGCUCCAAGGCGGCGCCCAAGAAGACGGCGUCGCGGGGGCUGGACCUGUCCCAGCUGGACGACGAGGGCGGCUCCUCGGCCAAGGGCGGGCUGUCGACGCUCAAUGCGUCGGGCAUUGACAACGCGCUCGACGCGCUCUCGCUCGCGGGCGGCUCGUCGGACGCGGCAAAGGUCGACCGGCACCCAGAGCGCCGCUUCAAGGCCGCCUUCGCCGCCUUCGAGGAGCGCCGGCUCAAGGAGGCCGAGGCUGACGGCAGCAUGGCGGGCCUGCGGCUCAAGCAGAAGCAGGAGCGGCUGCGCAAGGAGUUUGAGCGCAGCCCCGAGAACCCCUUCAACCAGGUCACGGCUAGUUACGACGCCUCCAAGGGCGAGGUCAAGGACAUCCGGGAGAGCGAGAAGGACAAGAUCGAGACCCGGCUUGCCGAGAAGGAGUAG